AUGUACGCUAGAAACUUGCUCAGACUUGCGUCCAGGUCUGCUUCCCGCUUAUACGCGACAGCCUCACAAAAUGAAGCUGUCUUGGAAAGAUACAGAAGCCAGCUCCAUCAGAAGGCAGAAGCCAUCGGUGUUUCUUCCAUCGAGGAACUAAAGGAGAAUCUUAAGGAUGAAAUUACCACGAAAAAAAAGGAAAUGAAUGCUAUCGACCCUUUGAAGGAUCUUGAGGCAUACGAGAAGGAACAAGCUGAGAAGUUGAAGCAGAGAAAGGCUCAGCAAAAGGAGUCUAAAAUCAGAGACGCUAUCGACGCAUCAAUGCCAAAGGCGCCAUACAAAAAGCUCUCUUCUUUUGUGGACGUAGAAAAAAUCCGCUCUUUACCAGAAAAGGAACUCAAGUUUAUUUGGAAGGCCCGAUUUGAAGGGAAGGACAGAGCUAUGAGCGCAGCAUUGACGGGCUCGCAAUUUGCUAAUCUUUUCGCCAAUGCCUUCAAAAAUCCCAGUUUUGUCUUGCCCUUGCCCAAAGAAGAAGAAGGCUACGAAAUGCAUUUUGUGCAAUGGAGCUUCGUUGGGCCCCAGACUACGCAUUGUAUGUUGACAUCAUUGGCCGAAUACAAGCUUCAUAAAGAAUAUGCCAAACCACACACGACACUCAUGUUCCAUCAGGAAUUACUUGCAGAUGCAGAUGUUGUUUUGAUGAAUGGCCAGCUAGAGCAGGAUGUCGCUUUGUCAAUGGAAGAAGCGCUGUUGCUUGUGCUUAACGUGCAGAGAUUCUACGGUGGCUUGACGAACUCUGCUGGCUCAGAAAGAAAAUUGGAACUUUUGAGAGCAUUCACACAGGGAGACACUGGCUUCAGCAUGGAAAAGUUGAUUGAGGAAGCUGCCUCUCUUGACUGA